GGCGGGGCGGGCGGCCGCAGCCCUGGGGCAUGCACUCGGCCGGGCCGCGGCCCCAGCAUGGCCGAGCCGCUGCUCAGGAAAACCUUCUCCCGCCUGCGGGGCCGGGAGAAACUUCCCCGGAAAAAGUCAGACGCCAAGGACCGCGGCCGCCCAGCCCAGCGCUCACAGCUCAACCCCCCAGAACCAGAGCCUCAGGUUCUUGAAGGGUCCCAGGCUGGAGCAGAGGGACCUCCCAGCCCCGAGGAACCUCGGAGCCCUGCUCGAGGGGCCUACCUGCAGAGCCUGGAACCCAGCAGCCGCCGGUGGGUGCUAGCUGGGGCCAAGCCACCAGAGGAGAUAUCUUUGGGGCCUGGGACACCUAGCAGUGGGGAGCCUGCUGGUGAGAUUUGGUACAACCCCAUCCCUGAAGAAGACCCUAGACCACCAGCAUCUGAGCCCUUGGGAUCACAGCCAGCCUCCUCUGAACCAGAAGGACCAAUGGUCCAAGGUGCAGCCCCUACCAGCCCCCCUACCAAAACGUCCCGCACCAAGUCCCCAGGCCCUGCCCGGCGGCUCUCUAUAAAGAUGAAGAAGCUGCCAGAGCUGCGGCGCCGCCUGAGCCUAAGAGGUACCCGCACUAGCCGGGAAAGAGAAAGGACUGUCCCAGCAGGCUCUGUCAUCAGCCGCUACCACCUAGACAGCAGCGUGGGGACUCCUGGGCAGGCAUCAGUGGCUGGAGGCACUAGGAGCCCAAGGGGUGGGUACCUCAGUGAUGGUGAUUCUCCGGAGCGUCCUAGGGGACCGCCAUCACCCACUGCCUUCCGGCCCUAUGAGGUGAGCCCAUCAGCCCGGGCGCCUCCAGCUGCACUCUGGGGGCGGCUCAGCCUGCACCUAUAUGGGCUAGGGGGUCUGCGGCCAACUCCAGGGGCCACUCCUCGAGAUCUCUGCUGCCUUCUGCAAGUGGAUGGGGUCGCUAGGGCCCGCACGGGGCCUCUUCGAGGUGGACCAGAUUUCCUGAGGCUGGACCACACCUUCCACCUGGAGCUGGAGGCUGCUCGGCUGUUGCGGGCCCUGGUACUUGCAUGGGACCCUGGUGUGAGGCGGCACCGGCCCUGCGCCCAGGGCACUGUGCUACUGCCAACCAUCUUUCGAGGGUGCCACGCCCAACAACUGGCUGUUCGUCUGGAACCCCAGGGACUUCUUUACGCCAAGCUAACACUGUCGGAACAGCAAGAAGCCCCUGUCUCAGCAGAGCCCCGUGUCUUUGGACUCCCUCUGCAGCUACUGGUAGACCGUGAGCAGUCCCCAGGCCAGGUGCCUCUCAUCAUCCGAAAGUGUGUGGGGCAGAUCGAAUGUCGAGGGCUGCGGGUAGUGGGGUUGUACCGGCUAUGUGGCUCAGCAGCAGUGAAAAAAGAGCUUCGGGAUGCCUUUGAGCAGGACAGUGCAGCCGUGUGCCUGUCUGAAGAGGCGUACCCUGAUAUCAACGUCAUCACAGGCAUCCUCAAGGAUUAUCUGCGGGAGCUGCCCACUCCACUCAUCACCCUGCCCCUCUAUCAGGUGGUAUUAGAGGCCAUGGCCCAAGGGCAUCCAAGCAGGGCUUCCCUGGGUCCUGAGGGCACCAGAGGGCUCCUCAGCUGCCUGCCAGAUGUGGAGAGGGCCACACUGACACUUCUCCUGGACCACCUGCGCCUCGUCUCCUCCUUCCAUACCCACAACCGCAUGACCCCACAGAACUUGGCAGUGUGCUUUGGACCAGUGCUGCUGCCAGCGAGACAGACACCUGCCCGGUCCCGGCUCCGUAGCUCCGGCCCAGGAGUCACCAACGCAGUGGACUUCAAGCGCCACAUUGAAGUCCUGCAUUACCUGUUACAGUCUUGGCCAGAUACCCGCCGGCCCCCAGAGACCCCAGAAGUUGCACCGUAUUUGCGGCCCAAACGACAACCGCCGCUGCACUUGCCACUGGCGAGCCCCGAAGUUGUGACUCGGCCCCGAGGUCGCGGAGGCCCUGAAAGUCCCCCAAGCAACCGCUAUGCGGGCGACUGGAGCGUCUGCGGACGAGAUUUACUGCCGCGGGGGCGGGACUUCCUGUCCGGACCUGACUAUGACCACGUAACUGGCAGCGACAGUGAGGAAGAUGAUGAUGAGACUGGAGAACCAAGGGGCACUACUGACUUCGAAGACGAGUUUGAUGCGCCCUUCAACCCACACCUGAAUCUCAAAGACUUUGAUGCCCUCAUUCUGGAUCUGGAGAGAGAACUCUCCAAGCAGAUCAAUGUGUGCCUCUGAGCCCUGGUUACUAAGGAAUUGCUUCCCGGUUGCUAAGGACCAGGUUCUGAUUACUAGUGACUUGGUUCCAAGUUACUAAGGCAGUACCUUGAUGACCUAAAAGGACCUGACCAGAGUUGCUCAGACUGAGCUCCUGGAAGUUGCCAAGGGACCAGCCUUCCAUGCUAAGAAUCAUUCCCAGCUCCCGGUGCCAUUCUUUGGGCCCUAGUCCCAAAGACCAGGCUCUUGGCAUUUUAAGCAUCGAUGCCAUGGCCCCUCUAUGAGCACCGGAGCUUCUCCUCUUGCUGCCGGAGACAGUUCUGCUUGCUAGUCUGGCCUCUCUUGCCUCCCCUUUGCAGGGGACACCAAUUACUGUGAGCAUCACCAUGGGGUGUUGGGACAUCCCUAGUCAACCCUCUUGCUGCUGCCAACCAAACCAGUAUUAGCAUUGCCCUCUACACUCUCUCCCUCCAAUUGAAGGACAAUUGGAAAGUUCUGCUGAAGGGAAACAGCCCCAGACUUCGCCUCCAUCUGUGAAAGGGCAGCCUGGGACUUACAGAAGGACAGCUGAUUUACCCCAACCUGCUCUUCUAGGGAAGACCCCAAGAUGAAUCUCCAACCAGCAAAUGGAGACAGAGCCUGACCUUUCUUUUCCCCAGCAGCCCUCCACCACCAGUCCCCCCAAAACUGAGCACUUAACCCCUUCUCUCUGGAGGGACCCCACCUGAGGUAUCAGGCUGGGGGCACUUUGGUACGGAAAAAUAUUUAUUGCCUCCAUGCAUGUGUGUGUCUGUGUGUGAGGAUUCGUGUGCACUGGCCUGUCUGGAGUGGGCAUGUGGGACUUUUUCAGGGACCAUAGAGUGGGAUAGGAUUUGCCAUCCCCUGGCACCCCCAAGUCCCUCAAGUGGGAGAGUUAGGGCCCCUUCCUGACUCCUUCUCCUUUCCACCAUUUCCAUCUUUGUGGACAAUAAAUAAACCAGUAUUCACAAGUUCUGUG